GGAAACCAGCAACAUCUUGCCCAAGUACUGCCUGACCACGCCCAACCGUCGGCGAACACACCUGGCGAAUCGCUUUAAUCUGGAGAACAAGGAGGCGUGCCCCGAGAUCAUGUCCAUGGAAGUCGUUGGCUCUGCAGAUCCCGAGGAUCGUUUGAUGCGGGUGCUGUCCCAGGAUAAUACCACCGGUGAUUGCAUGCAAGUUGGCAAGGAAAGCAACUUCCCCUUUCUCUUCCGCUAUCCGUGCGAUCAAGACAAGUCUUCGCAGUUGGUCAAUCCGCUGGCCUUGCCAAGCCUCAUCUGGAGUAUGCAUCAGCAGUUCGAGCGCAGUGCCCAGCACGUGCAUUUGGCCUACAGCUCCUUCUGUGGUGCCCAUGGAGCCUUGUCCAGCUUGGCGUUUCAGCAGAUCUUCGCGGGCGAGAGCCGGCGCCGCAUAUCCAGGAAGGUCUCGGAAUGUCACUUCGCGCCAGUGAUCCGCUUUGGAACUUUCGUGGAGACGGGGAUCAUCUACGACAAGACCAGUGGGGAUUGGCCCAACUGGAACACCUUGUUGGCCGACAACCCAGUUCUUUGUCCUCCGGGCGAAGCACUGACAGGUUUCAAACUCGAGUCCGGCUCCAACAAGUACAUGUUCGAGUGCAGCCGCAUUGGAGGCUUGGGCAUCCAGUACGAAUACUUCAGUGCACAGGUGGAAGUCACGAAGUUUGACCACGUACGAAACAACUGGCUUGGAGCUGUCAGGA